AAAAAGGAAAGAUAAAAAAAGGAAAAAAUAAUCACAGCCAUUUCAUCAGUCGCCAUUGUUAAAAACUCUGGAAGAAGCCUGGGGAAACCAUGGAAGAUCCCAAGGCGACCAAGCAAACGACGUCGUCUUCUCAGCUGAAUCUCCCAGCGUGGAUGACUCGACCGACGGUUUCGCUCGAGACCCGUAUCAAUCGUUUAAUCAACGCCAAUCACUACACUUCACCGUCGAGGCCGAUAUACUCCGACAGGUUUAUUCCCAGCAGAUCCGGGUCCAAUUUCGAACUUUUUAAUCUCGCCCCGUCGCCGAACAAGGAGGGGAAGGAAGAUGGGUCGGGUUCGUACGCGAGCCUCUUGCGGGCUGCGCUGUUCGGACCGGACACGCCAGAGAAGAGGGAUGUUGCAGGAUUCUCUCCGUCGCGGAAUAUUUUCCGGUAUAAGACGGAGACGCAGCGGCCUGUGAAAUCGUUCUCGCCGUUUGGGUCCGACGAGUCUCCUGGUGUUAGCCAUAGCCCUGUCAAGACGCCGAGGAAAGUGCCGCGGUCUCCGUAUAAGGUAUUGGACGCACCAGCCCUGCAAGAUGAUUUUUACUUAAAUCUUGUGGAUUGGUCUGGACAGAAUGUUCUUGCAGUGGGACUGGGAAACUGCGUGUAUUUGUGGAACGCUUGUAGUAGCAAGGUAACUAAACUAUGCGAUCUUGGAGUUGAUGAUAGUGUGUGCUCAGUUGGUUGGGCAUUGCGUGGAACUCAUCUGGCUGUUGGAACUAGUAACGGGAAAGUACAGAUCUGGGAUGCAUCACGGUGCAAGAGAAUAAGGACAAUGGAAGGUCAUCGUCUACGAGUCGGAGCCCUAGCAUGGAGCUCAUCUGUUCUGUCUUCUGGUAGCAGAGACAAAAGUAUUCUUCAAAGAGAUAUACGGGCUUCAGAAGAUUACGCUAGUAAGCUAUCAGGGCACAAAUCUGAGGUAUGCGGACUAAAAUGGUCGUAUGACAACCGUGAGCUGGCAUCAGGAGGAAACGACAAUAAGCUUUUAGUAUGGAACCAACAUUCAACUCAACCGGUUCUGAAAUACUGUGAACACACAGCAGCUGUUAAAGCCAUUGCUUGGUCUCCCCAUCUCCAUGGACUUCUUGCUUCGGGCGGUGGUACUGCUGAUAGAUGCAUUCGUUUCUGGAACACGACCACCAAUACUCAUUUGAGUUGCAUGGACACUGGCAGUCAGGUAUGCAAUCUGGUCUGGUCGAAAAACGUAAACGAGCUUGUCAGUACCCAUGGAUACUCUCAGAACCAAAUCAUCGUCUGGAAAUACCCGAGCAUGUCAAAACUGGCGACUCUCACUGGUCACACAUACCGUGUUCUUUAUCUUGCUGUCUCACCCGAUGGACAGACGAUUGUGACGGGAGCAGGAGAUGAGACUCUAAGGUUCUGGAAUGUCUUCCCUUCCCCAAAAUCUCAGAACACGGAGAGCGAAAUCGGGGCGUCUUCCUUUGGCAGAACGACGAUAAGGUGAAAAUAACACGUGUGAUGGCAGACAACACCAAACACAAACAAGAGCUGAUUGUCUCUCUUCCAUUAAUAGCUGUGUUUUGGUCUCUCUUCUCAACCAAACCAAACCAAACCAAAGUGGGGGCAAGUUUAACAACCUCCUGAGUUGCAGCAGCUUCAGAUUCGCCUUUGAAAUUUUUUGCUGUAGAAUUUCGUUUUUUUUCCCCUUCUUACUUCCUGUGUAUGUACAGAUUGGAUCGGAUCUAUGUUCUUGAAGUGCGGUCGUUGUCCUGUAGAAUGGUUUAGUCUUGUACUGUCUGUAUAUAUAUAUAAUUAUAUAUCUUGUUGC